GCGCGCAGGUGGAGCGGUGCCGGGGCGCGCACGGACCGAGCCGCCGAGCCCAGCGCAGCCGAGCCGAGGCGCGCCGCGGGAGCAGCCCCGCUCCGCUCCCCGCUCCGCUCCCCGCUCCCUGCCCCGCCCGGCCGCGCCGCAGCCGGCAGCAUCGCGGCGGGACUGCCCGGGGAUGCAGCCGCGCUAAGAACAAAAGCUCUCUGCGCGGUCACGCUCCGGGGCGUUAAAGCGGCCCGACCCGGCCAAACUUGGAUCUCUGCCCUCUCCGCCGAGCCGCCGCGGCGUCUGGAUCGAACUCCCCGGCGCCUUCCCCGCACGGCGCGGGCAGCGGCAGCGCCCGAGCCCCGGGGUUCCCCCGCCGCCCUCGCCCGCCGUCCCGCCGGGGCUGCCCGGGGAGAGGGGCCGCGCCCCGGACCCUUCCCGGCCGCCGCUCCCCGCCGCGGGACCUUGGCUUUGCCCUUCGCGCGGCAGGCGGCGGGGCCAGCGGACAAGGAUGCGUUUCUUCCCGUGGGGAUUUUGGCUGCUGUGUGUCGCCUCCGCCCCGGCUCGCGGUGACAGCGGCAGCAAGGCGAGGAGCUGCGCCGAAGUCCGGCAGCUGUAUGGGGCCAAGGGCUUCAGCCUCAGCGGCGUGCCCCAGGCGGAGAUCUCCGGGGAGCACCUGCGAAUCUGCCCCCAAGGUUACACCUGCUGCACCAGCGAGAUGGAGGAGAACUUCGCAAACAAGAGCCGGAGUGAAUUUGAAGCCAUGAUGAGAGAGGCCGGGCGCUCUGUGCAGACCACCCUGACGGCACAGCACAGAAACUUUGACAGUUAUUUCCAGGAUCUGUUGAACAAGUCAGAAAAGGCCCUGUAUGAUGCUUUUCCAAGCAUGUAUGGAGAACUGUACACUCAAAACAUGAAGGUCUUCAAGGACUUGUACAGCGAGCUACGCCGCUACUACCGCGGCUCCAACAUCAACUUGGAAGAGGCUCUCAACGAGUUCUGGACACGCUUGCUGGAGAGGCUCUUCAAGCUGCUGAAUCCCCAGUACCAUAUCACAGAUGAGUACCUGGACUGCAUGGUGAAACAUGCAGAGCAGCACAAACCCUUUGGGGAAAUCCCCAGGGACCUGAAGGUGAAGGCAACCCGAGCCUUCAUCGCGGCACGCUCCUACGCACAGGGCUUCCUCGUGGGCAGCGACGUGGUCAGAAAGGUGUCUCAGGUAUCUCUGAGCCAGGAGUGCACCCGUGCCAUCAUGAAGCUGCUGUACUGCCCGCACUGCCGCGGCAUGGCCAGCGUGAAGCCGUGCAACAACUACUGCCUGAACGUGGUCAAGGGCUGCCUCGCCAACCAGGCCGACCUCAGCACCGAGUGGAAGUACCUGAUGGAUUCCCUGCUCGUAGUGGCUGAUCGGAUCGACGGGCCGUACAACGUAGACAGUGUCAUAGGGACCAUUCACAUAAGGAUCUCUGAAGCUAUUUCUAACUUGCAAGAAAACAAAGAUUCCAUCACAACCAAGGUUUUCCAAGGUUGUGGAAACCCCAAAAUCAGCACAAAAGGCUCCAGCAGUGAGGACAAGAGAAGGCGAGGGAAGGUGCCUUUGGAAGCAAAGUCCUCUGCACAGGCACUGGAGAUGCUGGUUCUAGAUGCCAAAGGGAAUCUGACAGCUCUCAAGACUUACUGGAUCACCCUGCCCAGCAGCCUGUGCAGCAAAAAAGUAAUGGCCAGCUCAGCAGGGGAUGACAAGUGUUGGAAUGGGAUGACCAAGGGCAGCUACCUGCCUGAAGUGAUGGGGGAUGGCUUAGCUAACCAGAUCAACAACCCAGAGGUGGAGGUGGACAUCACCAAGCCAGACAUGACCAUCCGCCAGCAAAUCAUGCAGCUGAAGAUCAUGACGAACCGCCUGGGCAAUGCCAACAUCGGCAAUGACGUGGAUUUCCAAGAUGCAAGUGACGACAUGAGCGGCUCUGGGAGCGGGGACAGCUGUCCUGAUGACGUCUGUGGCAAAAGACUUUCUAAGAGCCCCAGCACCAGGCAGCCAGAAACACAUGCCAUUCCCAAGCAGUCUGGACACGGCAUCCACGGGGCCAGCAGCCAACCUCUGCCUUCUGCCUUCCUCCUCCUCCUCCUCUCGGUGGCUUUCCUGUGGCGGUAACUCCCGACCACAGCCAGGAAAGAGACUGCGGCCGAGGGCUUCACUUUGCCAAAACCAACCAACCAACCAACCAAAGGACAUAUUUAAUUCACCUUGGCAAAAAAUAUAAGGAAAAAAACCCACAAAAAAAGAAGAAGAAGAGGAGGGAGGAGGGAAAGGUCUCAGUUGUUUGCUAUUUCUGGCAGUGCUCGAGCUGGUUUCUUCUUUCUUGGUCUUUCCCCCCCUCCCACUGCUGGGCCCUUCUUUCUGUACCUCAUUGUUUUGCUUUUGUUAUUGCCACAACUCGGCUCUGGGGGCUGAAGGAGGCCUUGAGGGGUCUCAGAGGGGGCCCCAGCCAGGGCAGCCCUUCCACUGCCUCCCGUGGAAUAUGCAAUGGCCCUGAGCUUGUCGGCCGCCGGCGCGGCUCCUGCUGCAUCGGGGCCUCCCUCCCACAGGCCUCCCUCCCUGCUCCCCAGGCAGGCAGACACAGCCCUCGCUGCUGUGGCAUCUGUAGGAGCAGCAGUGGGCUCGCUGGGCUCAGCUGGAACAGUUUGGACCCGAAGGUGCAGAGCUCCCUUCCUUGGAAAGGGCACAAAGUGGGUUUCUUGACCAGAGCUCGUGGCUGGCGACGGUUUGAGAUGUGGGUCUCCUACAUCUAAGUGACUGGGAUUGAGUGUUAGGGGUUGGGGUUUGGGGUGUUUUUUUCUUUGCAUGCUAGUUGGAAAGCCAUUUUUUUUACCCAAGUAGUACUGGUGCAGUCCCUGCCUGCAGUGCAGUACCAUCACAGGUAACAGAGAGAUGGAAACACAGCACGGUGGGACUCUCUGCUGGACACUCGUGCUGCCUCCUCCUCCUCCUCCUCCUCCUCCUCUGGCCCCAGCUGUGGGUGGCAAUCCCUUGUUUGGGGUUUUUUGGUAAGAAGAAAGACCAGGGAUUUGUUGCUACAAGGAUCAGUGUGGCUGGUGGUGAGAGCUGCCCCCAGGCCAGCCUGAGGGGCUGUGCAGUGCCCCUGCCUGGGGGCUGGCUGAGUCCCACCUGCCAAGAGGGAUGCUGGGACAGGACGUGUUUUCUUUGGGCAUUGUUUUGUUUCCUUUGGUGUUUGUUCCUGUUGCAUUGUAGGUUUUUAAGUGAGCUCCCACUUUCCCUGUCCCUUCACCAUCCUCCCCGUGCACCUUCCCUCCCCUGGGUCAGACCCCCAUGGCAGCUCUGCAAGGGCUCAGGGCAGGGCCAGGCCCACCCUCUGCCACCCUGUCCCACCACAAACCAGCCUCUGGGACGUGCAGGCAGCUGCCCCAACCCCAAAAUGCUUGGUGGGGGUGGACUCUGUGCCGGGCUUUGAACUUGAGGGUGGUUGGUGGAUGAUAUAAAUAUCCUCACGUAGCUGUAGGAGUGUCUGUGCUUGUAGGGCCGUGUGCUUGGAGGCUGCCAGGAGCCUUCUGUACCAGACAGGUAUGGCAAGGGACGGCUGGAGGCGUAGCUUUAGCAGAUGUUCUAGACACAACACGGUCACUGUGGCUGGUUGGGCCAAGAGCACGCCCAGGGGUCGGGCUUCAU